AUGGAAGAGGACCAGGAGCUGGAGAGAAAAAUGUCUGGAGUGAAGACCUCAAUGGCUGAAGGCGAGAGGAAGACAGCCCUGGAGAUGGUCCAGGCAGCUGGGACAGAUAGACACUGUGUGACAUUUGUGUUGCACGAGGAGGACCAUACCCUAGGAAAUUCUCUCCGGUACAUGAUCAUGAAGAACCCGGAAGUGGAAUUCUGUGGUUACACUACAACCCAUCCUUCAGAGAGCAAAAUUAACUUGCGCAUACAGACCCGAGGUGCCCUUCCCGCGGUCGAGCCCUUUCAGAGAGGCCUGACUGAGCUCAUGAAUGUCUGCCAGCAUGUGCUUGACAAGUUCGAGGCCAGCAUAAAGGAAUAUAAAGAUCAAAAGGCCAGCAGAAACGAAGCCACAUUCUAG